AUGAAUAAGAAGAUAGUAGAGUACAAACUCGUUGAUUCUGAAAAGGAUAUAGCAAGGAGCUAUGAACCCAGAAGAAAGCCGAAGAGAAGUAGGAUAUUGCUCCAUGAAUGGCAAAGCAUGAUGCUGGAGCAUAGCUUUAGAAUAAAUCCAUACCCAGACAGAAUAGAGAAGUAUAACUUGUUUCUGAAAACAAAGGUUCCCAUAAAGAACAUUAAGAUCUGGUUUCAGAACAGGCGUGCACGGGAAAAGUCUUCCUAUGAGGAGAUGGAGGGGAUGGCUAGUGAAAAAGAAGUUGGAUAUAGAGGUCUAGAUGUAAAUGCACUGGCCUUUACAGAAGAAUUCCAAUAUUACAAAUACUGA